GAGAAGAUGAGAAUAUGAACACUGCGACAGAGAACAUCCUCAUUUCAAAUCAGGAGGAAGAAGAAGAAGAAGAAGAAGAAGACGACGACAGCAAACCGACAGACAAGGAGACAAUUAAGUUUCUACUUCCUCUUUCCAGUCUCUGUGAAUCUUCACCUACACCAGCCUCCCCUCCGUCAGAUCAGGCCUACGUGCAAGCAGCGGCCGCUUUCCAUCGGCUGCGAUCGGAGAAGACGGCCUCGCAGCAGCUGCUGCACUAUGAGAAGAAGACGGACACACCGCUGCCACAGAGCGGGGACAAACCCACCCAGAGACAGGCCUUCCAGCUCGCCUUCAGCACACUCAAAUACCAAGAUUUACUGGAGGACAUCAUCACUGACAGCUGCUUCCACACGUCUCAGCAUAUUACCAGCGACUUGUUGCCGUUGGCGAUGGUGAUGCUGUUUGACUUCCAGGAACGAAGGUUUUUAGUGAAUGAACACUCAGCAAAAGAAGGGGCGGAGCCUCUGCAAGAAGUCAGGGACAUGGAGAUCAGUCUGCUGAGGUGGAAGACGAAGCUAGCGGCCUCGCUGGCUCGCUGCAGAGUGAAACAGAGUCUGCAGAGCGUCUCCUGUUUUCUAUCUGAUCCCGUCAGGACCAAACAGAACAGAGCCAAACGUUUGCCCCUAUACGCAUGGGUCAAUACUCUGAAGACCAGCGUCGUCGAAGUGUGUGAAGCCCUGAAAGGCGCAGGAUUACGAGAAGCGAAGAACCUGACCGAUCUCGAGGAGUCGACGUUCAGCAGAGACCCGCUCUGUGCGGACACGCUCGUCCUCUCUCGACGGCUUCUCGCUCUGCUCCAGCACAGCACCGUUACACAUGCACUCAACAUCCAGGACAGAAGUGUGUGCGUGGCGGUGAGCGCACUACGCCCCCUGCUGUUUGAAAAAGGUGACGUCCUGGUGGUGGGGUCUUUCUCCGCCGUCACUGUGGCUCACGUAGCCGUUGUGGCUGCUGAGCGCUCUGGCCGAGUGUUGGUGUGUGCCGCUGAUCACACAGCUUCACACAUGGAAGAGAUAAAAGAGCUGCUCGCACUAAUGGACAUCAAAAAUAUUCGAGUCCUGUCAGAGGCGUUCUCUGGUCUGGACGAGUGGGACGCCAGUGUUCAGCGUUUAAAGGUCAUCAUGGUGCUACCUCAGUGCUCAUCCUCCGCCCUCAAUGACCCUGUACCCACAAUGCACAGCGAACACGGAGACUGGGAUCUGCUGCAUGACUUGUCGUACGGUUCAGUAUCGCAGAAGAAGAAACAAACAAUGGCCACGCAGCAGGCACGACUUCUCGCACAUGCUCUCUCCUUCCCAAAGGUUCAGACGGUGGUCUACUGCACACGCUCAGUGUAUCCCGAGGAAAACGAACAGCUGGUGAAAAGAGUGUUAGAGAAAACACACACUCCCUCCAAACUGCUGCCUUUCAGGGUAAACGGUCCCAUUUUCCCCGACGACUCCCAAUCGGGAGACGCGGCGGACUCCAAGUUCUUCAGGCUGGAAUCGUCUCCGUUUACAAACGGCUGCUUCAUCGCUCGGCUCUCCCGACAGGCCGAUCCUACAAAGGUAGAAACAGUCCAGGACGUGCUGGCAAGGGCGGCGGCGAAGGGCCUCCUGGGUGGAAUCCUUCCCGAACAAUCGAAAACGGGUAAAAAAGGGAAGAGCAAGAAGAAUCGAGGAGCUUCAGCAGGCAGCGAACCUUCAUCCCCCUCGGGCCAACAAGAGCGCGAGACGGGAGGGGAGAGUGUGAGCGGAAAAGACGGAUUCACACCUUCAGAACAAGAGGAGCAGAAAGGUGAAAACAACGAGGAGGAGGUUAACGGAGGGAAGAAGAAGAAGGGGCAAAAGCGAAAGGGCAAACAGCGACCGAAACAAACCAACAGGGCGACGACGACCGUCUCCAAGAAGAAACCGACGAAGAAGAAAGCGAAGAGGCGUCUCGCAAAAACGAAAGCGAGGAGAUUCCCUCGUCUCACGCUGACAUUGAUAUCCUCGGCUAAACCCCCCAAACACCUGUCUCCCAUCACCGCCAUCGCACACAAGCUGAUCGACGCUCCAGCCGUGGAAUCCAAGCAGACAGUCUUCACCUCCCCCCCUGCCCGGCCCGCUCCACCUGCGGCCUCGAGGCAGGUGCAGAGGGCGGAGACGACACAGAAGGACGCAGCUGAACCGGAGAGCCGUCUCAAACUCAGGGGAAAGGUGAAACUGAAAGAAGAGGUCACCGCGCAGGACGUCUCAAAGCUGUCAGAUUUUGUCCUGCCGCCCAUCUCCGUCCCGUCCUCCGGUUCUUUGAGUGGCAGGAGUGUUGGUUCUCCCUCUCGGCGUCCGUCCCGGUCCUCCCACUCUCAGCUGCCCCAAGUGUCUACAUCCUCCUCCUGCGUCUCCCUGCCUGGAUUAUAAAUUGUUUUGUGUUUUUUGCCUUUAUUGAAUAGGACAAGUGAAGAUAGGAGACAGGAAAUAUUGGAGCGAGGGGGGGGGGCGACAUGCAGCAAAGGUCAGAGGUCGGAUUUCAAUGAACGGCUGCUGCAACGAGGACUACAGCCGCCGUACAUGGGGGGUGCGACAUAACCGCUAGUCCAUCCGGCGCCCCCCAUGCCUGGAUUAUAGACAAGUGUGUUACCCUACCUUAACCCAAUUAAACUAUUGAAAUGAUCCGACACUACAGAGAGCCGUCAUAAAGCAGAGGACUCCAAAAAAGUGAUUCUAAAUUAGAAAAAUUCUUGUUAUCUUUUGUAGCUAAUCUAGAGGCAUCAGUAUUGAUUAUGUUCUAUGACCAGAUGAAAGCUCCUCACUGCAGCUUUAAACGCA